ACUCUCUCAUCCUUGCAGGUUGCUCUCACUCAUACUCAGACUCACCGAUCUUCACUUUUUUUCCAGAUCACUUUUUUUUAGCGACUCAACAAAAAUGAGGACUCUCCUAGUUUGGACCGUUCUCCUGCUCACGGCCACCUGCCAUGCGGUGGUGGACUUCCCCGGUAGUUCGCACCAGAAGUGGGACUCGAGAGGAGACUCUGACACCUCCUGUGCCAUCAAGCUGAGACCUUCAGGCCAAUGCGGGGGUUCCGGGGCGGAAGAAGGUGAGGAGUGCCCCUACCAGGUGACCCUGCCUCCUCUCACCAUCCAGCUCCCCAAGCAGUUCAGAUUACUCGAGAAGACCAUGAAGGAGCUGCAGAACCUCAAGGAGGUGGUGAACAAGCUGAAGAGCAGCUGCCAGGAGUGCAGUGGUGCUCGAGGGAGCGGAGUCUACGGGCACCAGCAGGCAGACCAGGGACAGACAAAAGAUGUGGACCCAAGUAGACAGGAUGUUCAAAGCGGGUCCAGUCAAGAAGAAAGGGACAAUGGGAUGGUGUCCGGAGGUAACGUGGAAGGUGCUGGACUGGGACAUCAUUUUGGGAAAAUCACACCUGGUCCGAGCAAUAUGCAGGAGAUGCAGGUGAAGCUGAACAGGAUGUCAGUGAGCCUUCGCAACGCCAGGAACCAAAUCUCCGCCCUGCAAGGUCGCAUGGAAGGCCUCAACCUCCUCAACAUGGACAACGUGCAAUCCAUGGUGGACAGACGAGUUGAAAACAUCACCGGGGUGGUCAACAAACUGAGCACCACCUGCACGGCGCAGUGUGCCGUACAAAACACGCCACAAUUCAUUUUAGCUCCUCGAGACUGUUCGGACUACAAUGUGCUGGAGACACGGAAGAACGGGGUCUAUCGUAUCACCCCCGACCCCCGCAAUGGAACCUUUGAGGCCUAUUGUGACAUGGAGUCUUUCGGAGGCGGCUGGACGGUUAUCCAGCAGCGACUCGACGGUUCUGUCAGCUUCAACCGGACCUGGAAUGAAUACAAGAAGGGCUUCGGGAACCUCAGAGGCGAGUUCUGGCUAGGCAAUGACCACAUCCAUCUUCUGACAAAAGCUAAAGACAUGACGCUACGGAUUGAGCUGGAGGACUUCGAGGGUGUACGGGAGUACGCCAAGUAUGACCAGUUCUACGUAUCCAACGAUUUCCUACGAUACCGACUGUCCAUCAGUGGAUACAGCGGGACGGCCGGGAACGCCAUCACCUUCAACAAGCACUUCAACCACGAUCAAAAGUUCUUCUCCACCCCGGAUCGAGAUAACGACAUGUACCCGUCGGGAAAUUGCGGCGCCUACUACAGCUCCGGCUGGUGGUUUGACGCCUGCAUGUCGGCCAACCUCAACGGCAAGUACUACCACAAGAGGUACAAGGGGGUCAGGAACGGGAUCUUCUGGGGGACUUGGCAUAACAUGACGACGGAGUACUACCCGACCAACUACAGGCAGGCCUUCAAGACGGUCAAGAUGAUGAUACGGCCUAAGAAUUACGCUCCGUAAGAAGGAAUAUGAGUAAAUAUGGACAGACAGAAGUUGGACAGACUGUAGACUCACGUUAUACAUUACCGUAUUUUUCGGACUAUAAGGCGCAGUCUCAAUGAACAGGUCCACUUUUUGGAUAUUUUUACAUCGCAAGAAAUCGAAAGAAAUUUUAUUCAAAUUGAAUUUCACUCCAUACUGUCGAUUUUAAGAGUAAAUUAAAGUGCAACUUAUAGUCCAGAAAAUACGAUACACAGCAAUCACGAUCGUAGAACAGUUGGCCACAGUCCAAAAAUGAGAUGCACCGAUAUUAAUACCGUAAGUACACAAGUGUAAUUUAGCAUUUGUAUUCUGUUUGAAAAAAAGAAAUUGCUACCGGUGCAUCCCUAGUCCAAACAAAAACUUUUAGUUCUCCACUGUGGCGUAUAUAGCCUUCUAAAUGUUGAAUUAAAAUGACAAUAAAGGAAAAUGGACUGUGAACAAUGACCGACUAAUAGAAAUAUCGCACGAGCUGUGUAAAAGCUAGCCUCCUGCAGGGGCCAUCAUAUUAAAACGGGGUGUUACCAUUUUUUUCCACCGGUUCUCUGUCAAUAAUCCACUUCCUGUCCUGCUGCAUCUUUCUAUUAAACCAGCUUAGACUCGGCUCAAUGCACAGAGGUAGUAAAACUAAUGAGCUAUCAUUUUCUCCACUCCAAACGCUUUCAUAAUUAACAACAGCCAUUCAAGUGAGUUAUACCAGAACUGAAAAAGUCUCAUUUUUUUGAGAGGGUCGAAGCGGUGACGGCCAGCAGUAUACAAGUAAUAGCCUCCCGAUUGUUGAUUUUUUAAUUAAACUCACUCUGCCCAUGUUCCAUCAUCUGAUACAAUGUAAAGCAUAUUUGUUUAAUUAAUGAUUCCUUGCAUUGUACUUGACAUGGUUGAAAUAAGCAGGACUCAGCAGGAAGAAACAUAACCAUAUUAUUUUUCAGAUCAAAAUUACUGGAGUGCAGAAAAAGUAAAAAAAAAAAAAAGAAAAGUCUCACUACUUGUACAAUAC